UGUCGGAGGCCGCCCCAAGCGGGUCCCUCUCCGCAGCCGCGCGCUCGUAAAUCACGCGCGCCGGGAAGGGAAACACCCUCGGCGCGCCUGUCCUCCCCCUCCCUCCGUGCAAGCAGGCGACCCCCUCGCUCCGCAGCCUCCGCCUCGCUCGCCCCCCCGCCUGCUCCCCGGCGCCGCCUCCCUCCCCUUCCCCGCCUCCCCAGGCGCAGAUGUGGCGCUGCCGCGGCCCGCCCCGUCGGUGCCGGUGGGGGUGGCCGAGGCAGACGCCGGGCAGAUCGCCUCCCGGAGGAGGAGGAGGAGGAGGUCGCUGCUCCCGCCGGUGAGAUCCCGCGCAGGGGAGCCGGGCGCGGACAAGACCAGGCCGGGGACCCCCAGCCCGACCUGCGCCCGACGCGCACCGCCGCCGAGGGCGCGCACAAAGCCGCCCCCAGACGCCCCCGGCCGGGCCAAGGUUGAGGAGCCUCUCGAAACAUCCUCCUCCCCCUUCCUUCCCCGAUUGACAAGAGUGGCCUCCUUCUCCCUGGCCAUUCGCCAUGCAUUCCCUUGACGAGCCGCUGGACCUCAAGCUGAGCAUCUCCAAGCUCCAGGCGGCACAAGCAAAGGGUGAGCAGAUCCUGGGCAGCUCCAGGCCCCGAACCUUCCGCCAGGACUUCCGGGUCCGGGAGGACAGCAGCCCCGACUCGCCUCAUUCCCCACUUGACGGCCUCCAGUUGCACUCCAAAUGCCACGACAAGAGGGACACCCGCUUCUCCUCCACCCCCACCAUCGACCUGAGCCUUUCUCCUCCUCCCCCUCCCGGCUUUGACUCCCCCUGUGGGGGCCGCGCCUCACUCUCCCCCGACAGGCAGAGCGACGGGGAGUUGGCGAGCUCCUCUGCCCUGCGGGACCUCCAGUCCCUGCGCUACAUCGAUGGCCUCCGCAGCUCCUUUCAGUUCUUCCUGCCCCUCAACUCGGGGGGUGCCUUGCACCUGCCUGCCUCAGCCUUCCUGGGGGCCCCCAAAGAGAAGCGCCUCUCCCCAGAAAUGCCUCUGCAGAAGCAGCUGGUGUGCCGAUGGUCAAAGUGCAACCAGCCCUUUGACCUGCUGCAAGACCUCGUGGACCAUGUCAACGACUUCCACGUGAAGCCCGAGAAGGACGCCGGCUACUGCUGCCACUGGGAGGGCUGUGCUCGCCACGGAAGGGGCUUCAAUGCCAGGUACAAGAUGCUGAUCCACAUCCGCACCCACACCAAUGAAAAGCCCCACCACUGCCCCACCUGCAACAAGAGCUUCUCUCGGCUGGAAAACCUCAAGAUCCACAACCGCUCGCACACAGGCGAGAAGCCCUACAUCUGCCCCUACGAAGGCUGCAGCAAGCGCUACUCCAACUCGAGCGACCGCUUCAAGCACACCCGCACCCACUACGUGGACAAGCCCUACUAUUGCAAGAUGCCCGGCUGCCACAAGCGCUACACCGACCCCAGCUCCCUGCGCAAGCACAUCAAGGCGCACGGCCACUUCAUCUCCCACGAGCAGCAGGAGCUGCUGCAGCUGCAGCCGGCCCCCAAGCCCUCCCUGGCGGCCCCCGCGGACGUGCCUUACCUCAAUGGGGCGCAGAUCAUCAUCCCCAACCCCGCUGCCCUCUUUGGCAGCCACGGCCUGCCCCUCCCACUGGGGCCCGCCCCACUGGACCUCAGCGCCCUGGCUUGCGGGGGGCUGGCUGGCCUCCACAGCCCUGUCCUGGCACCCCUCAACCUGGCCAAGAACCCGCUCCUCGCCUCGCCCUUCGCCGCCAGCAGCCUGGGGCUGCCCGUCGUUUCCUUGCUGGCGGGGGCCGCCUCCGCCAAGGCCCUGCCCGAGAGGAGCGUGGCCCGGCCUGGCAAAGGCGGCGGGGGCGGGCAGGGGCCGCCGCAGAGCUGCAAGGAAGCCAGCGGGAGGACUGAGCGGGGCCGGGUGGGCGCAGAGGGCCUCUCGCUGCUGCCUGCAGGGGGCGCCCUAGACCUCUCCACCGGCAUGAACUCUGCGGGUAGCUCGGACGGCCUGCCCCCCGGGUGGGUGGUCAUCCCCACAGGCUCUGUGUUGCUGAAGCAAGCCGUGGUGAACUGAAGGGGGGUGGCGACUCACACCAAGGAUGGGGGACUGGCUGGGGGGAAUCUGGGACUGACCGUGGCCAGUUGAGGGCCCCAGGCAGCCCUGGAAGAGCUUCUGGCCUGUGCCGAAAGGUGCCCUCCUUUCUUCCCCCACCCACACACCAGAUCUCCCACCCCCACCCCGCUAUGGCUGCUGGGGCUGGCCACCCCCUCGGCUUCCUGGACACUCACGACGGAGGAGCCUGGCUCUCCUGAACAAAGCAAUAAGCAGCAUUUCCCUGAGCAGCAGCCGUGACGCCCCGUUCUGCCCCCUAGCUACCUCCACACAGGCAUUGCGGGGGUUGGACUAGAGGACCCUUGGGGUCCCUGCAGCGGGUCCAGGGCCUUUGCCCUCUCUGCAUACAGAAAAGGAGGGUGCUGGUGCUUUCUCUCUCUGUCUCCCACCCAGAGCGCCUCUUAGCACCCCCCUCCAACAUGCCGGCUUCUCUGCUGCACCCCCCACCCACCCACCCCAGUCUACUGGCCUCCCCUUGGUGCCUGUUGGCUCAGGGGGUCUUCUGCUUCCAGCGCUUGGCUGCUGUUUAGGGAAGGAGAGCCCCCCCCUCCGCUGAGAUUAGAGGUGCUGCCCGUCCCCCUCCCCCAGGGUGGAGCUGCCUCCCUCCCUCUCACUGAACAAAAGCAGCCAUGCCUUUUCCUGGCUCAGCCCCCCCCCCCCGACUGACAAGGCACACCCAACGGCUGUGCUGCUCACCAGCUCCUCUUCUGCCUUCCCACCCCCCAAAUGACGUGGAGGAUCUGAAAUAUUCACUUCCCCCUAUUAGCCCUUCCAGGUGUUUCAAAGCUGCACAGCCUGACCUGCCAAUCUCCCGGCCUGAGGUGGUCCUGCGUGGGAACAGCAGCUGACAAGCCUCCCUUGGUUCUUGUCCCACCCAAGAGCCCCCCCCCCUCCCAUCAAUUCCCUCUGGCCAAGAUCCGUGUGGAUAGACGGGGCCCAGAAGGAGCAGGGAGGUUUGCUGCUAGUCUGCGCUUCCUCCAGGAAAAGCCCUCUGGAGGCACAGCUUGCCCCCAAGGCAAGAGGUCCAGGGAGCCCCCUCCCUCCCUUGGAGACGGGAGGGGUUGCAAGGACCGGGCACCCAUCUGAGGAACAGGACCCCCCCCCCCCAUGUCCGGGCACCAAUGCAGGGGAGAGGAGCAGAAGCCAGGAGAAAUGGAUAGUGCAUCUCACCUCCAGCAAAGGCUGCCCAGUCCUUUAAUGCCAUUGUCUCCACCUGCAGGAUGGGUCUGUUGUCAAACUGGCCCACCCAACAGGGCUGUUGUAAGGAUUGCUUAGACAAUAUACCUGCUUUGUGGGGUGGGGGGGAGGGCAGGUGGCCAAGCAGUCCCCAAUUGGGUAUGGCAGUGGCAUGGGGGCAAUAUUAGCAGCACAAACCCGUCCCCCUUGGGUCGCGGCAAAAGAGCCAAUAGGAGUAAGACCUGAGGGGUUGCCAGUCACACCCAUUGCCACUCCCCAUUGGCUGGGACUGGGCAGGGGCCUGACUCACAGGGCCAGGAGGGACCCACUGCAAAUGGGGUGCUGCUCCGGCCCCCUGACUGGGGCAGCUGUGAAAGCCACACUUAUUCUUGUCUGUGCAUCUUGGUUUCUGAAGGGUCCCUGGCUCCCCCCUUGCCACUCGUCCCAGCAGCAGCAGAAAGGCCCCCUGCUUCUCCCCCCAAGCGCACGCUUCUUUGCUGAAGGAGCCCGCUUCACCUCGACUGCCCUCCCCAAUUUGGAGGGGUCCUGCUGCUUUUCGCUCCGGUCUCCCCAUACAAGGGGGUUCCCACAUACCUCUCUCCACGCCACUGUUUCAGCGGGACCCCUGCUCUGGGCUUCCACACAGGCAGGCUCCUUGGGCCUGCUGCUGCCCCUUCUUCUGACGCCCCCCCACCCCCCAAAGGUGCUGGCAGGGGGAGGCCCUGCACCAGCCCCCCCCCUAGCGCUGCCUGGGGCGCCUGGGACCACGCACUGCCGCUCAGCCGAGGGGAGCUGGCCUCCCAGCCACGCAGUGGAAGAAGGCUGAGCACAGGGCCGGGCAUGCACAGAGCCCCAUGCGCCCCGGGGCCUGAUCCUGACCCAGCACGCCUUGCUGACUGACCAGGCCUGCGAGCCGGUGAACGUGUCCGUUUCCUUCCCCUUGUCGUCUGUUGUCGCUCACUCCAGGCCGUCAGUAUUUUAAGCCGUUUCUAAGUGCCUUUCGAUUGUAGUUUCUGUUGGAUUUUGCCCUGCCCCUCUUGCCUCCAUCACUGUUAGCGUAGUUGACGACAGGAAGAGAUAAGCUACGACCCAGGCCUCUGCGACAAGAGGAUGGCUACUAGGACGGAAAUAAUAAAAGCGGAUCUUGACACUUU